CUAAGAACAACCGCAACGCUAAGAAACUAAAAAUUUUGUUCAACUAUAGGGGAAGUGUUCAACAUUUUUAGAGACUACUUGCGCAUGUUACUUUUUAUAUUUUUGUAUUAUUUUUUUUCAUGGGAAAAAUCAUCUUCAGCGUCAUCACGUGGUAAUUUCCAAAGUUGAUGUGGAAACUACGGGUUAGAAAGCUCAGUGUGAAUAUGGUAGUAAACUUUUUGCUUUUGUUACCGUUCUUAAUUGCGGAAACAGUGACUGGACUGACUGCAGUCGAGUGUAACUUAACCUAUGAGGAGAGGAAAUCAGCGCUCACGAAGUCUCGAAUCAUCCCUGAUGUGAUAAAGAAAAUGCCGGAACAUCCCCUUCAGGUACGAUACGUGGAAAAUAAGACGGUCAAUUACGGGAACGAACUUGAAGCCCAUAAACUUGAGUUUGAGCCCUAUAGAGUUAAAUGGCCCUGUGAGCUUCAAACAUACUACACUUUGAUUAUGAUAGAUCCAGAUGUACCAUCGGCAAAGAAUCCAAAGAAAAAGGAAGAACUACUGUGGCUGGUUGGGAAUAUCAGAGGAAUUUUUAUUUUGACAGCUAAACAUAUUGCAAAAUAUUUACAACCGGAUCCGGAGGAGGACACAGGUCUACACAGGAUCGUCUUCAUUUUGUUCAAACAACCGAAUGGCGUGAUCAAGUUCAACGAAACGAACGACUAUAAUGAUUUGGGUGAUCUGGACUGUCGGUACCACUUUUCAACGAAAAAAUUGGCCAAGAAGUACAACCUAGGCGAUCCUUAUGCGGUUAACUUUUUCACUACGAGGUGGAUAUUUGUACCUACAACAGAGGACCUUUGGGGUCCAGAGAUACCCAUCGUUGACCAAGAACAAGUAGUAAAUUGGGAUGACGACUAAAUAGUAACAGAUCGCAUCGCCCACUGACACGGCAAGUUAAAAAUUUCAUCAGAACUUCUUACGAUAAACUUCUCAAGAACAAUAUCUCCUCACGGACACGAAACAAGAUCGUCAUUAGGCUCAGAGUUUGGAUGGUGGUGACAAAUUUUUACAGGUGAAAUGGACAUAUUUAUUGUAAAAAGAUCCAGAUAGAUGUGAGAAAGAUGGGGUAUGCUCUUUGCUCGUGCAAGCUGCAUAAGAACCAAUGUAAAACUGGACGUGAUUUUUUGGGGAAAAUAGACAAAUGGGAUUUAACAUUAAAUCAAAUGGAAUUAA